CUGGAUCCAACAUCUUGAACUUGCCCCUGAGAGCAUCUGCUACCAACAGUUUAGUAAUGAGAACAUCCUUUGACUCUUCCUCUGAGAAUUAAAAUCCCCAGUGCUCAAUGGAAAUGACUUUCAUUCAGCUUCCAGCAUUGGCUCACGUCUAGAAAACAGUGUCAUCUUUAAAAACCAUAGGUCAGCAUCCAUAGAUCAGACCAUGGAAAACGGAAAGGCCCAUCGCCCGCUUUUCCGCACUGGCUCGCUACCUGAAACAGGGCUUUCAAACAAUAGCAUCAGUGUGGGACACAAGGACCUUGGUGAACCGGGAACAGAAGCAACGGGGUCUCGCUUCGAGCGCCUCUCCUUUCUUUUGAACUCCUCAUCGAGCUCCUUGUCCAGGGCCGAAGACACCAACAGUCGUAUGAGUCUGCCCCCAAUGCUGGGCAUCGGUUCACCAACCUCCAGCAACAGUCCCACCCGCCUCCUAAGCCCCACUGGCUCCAUAGACCUCCAGAGGCCUUACAACACCACAAACCCCACCUUAUCCAUGUUCAGCCAGACACCGGGGAUGAGUGUAGGUACUGGGGCACUGGGGAAUCCGAUUCUGCAGAGGAGCUUCAGUAAUGAUGGCGGCAUUGGGGGCUACCAGACCAGGCAACAAAUGGAGCCUGAGAAGAUCUUAGCCUCAAAAUACAGGGCCUUUCCUGAUGCCUAUCUCACAAAAGAGAAGCAGCAUGGGAAGCUCAAUCCUCGUCCUGGAAAGUUGUAUAUCUUUGACCGACCUGGAAUGUGCGGGCAGAGGAUCGAGGUGCAAAGUGAUAUCAUCGAUGCCACGUCAUGGGAGCUGCAGGAGACCAUCUCCAUCAGGGUCGUCAGAGGAGGAUGGGUCCUGUAUGAGAAGCCUAACUUCAAAGGGGAGAAGAUCGCUCUUGACGAGGGAGACAUAGAGCUCACCUGCCCCUUCAACCCUCCAGAGGAGGAGCUGCAGAGCGAACAAAUAGAGGGUGAAAAACAGAACGGAGAAUCAAGGGAAGAGCAGACUGAUACUAAGCCUGAAAGGAAGUUCAUCAUCGGGUCGGUUCGAAGAGCAGUCAGGGACUACAGCGUCCCAGAAAUUUGUCUCUUCCCAGAGGAGAACGCCGAAGGGAAGAAAGUCACCUUCAGAGAUACAUCGGAAGAUGCCAGGAUUUUUGGCUUCCCCAUCAAGGCCAACUCUAUUAUCAUUAAUGCUGGGCUAUGGCUCGUGUACGCACAUCCCUUCUUCCAGGGCUUACCACGUGUCCUGGAGGUGGGGGGGUUCUCCAACCCCGCUGCAUGGGGAGUGGAACAGCCCUAUGUGGGAUCCCUGCAUCCACUCAAAGUCGGUGAACCAAGAGUGGAGAAUAUAAGUGAACCAAAGAUGGUGUUAUAUGAAAAGCCAUACUUCACUGGGAAAUCGAGGACCAUUAACACCGAGACGAAGAACUUCAUGACCAGAGAAGACCGGCAGCAGACGGCCUUUAUGCACAAUGUGGGCUCCCUUAAAGUACAGGGAGGAAUCUGGGUGGGCUACGAGAAGGAGGGCUUCCGGGGUCGCCAGUACCUGUUGGAGGAGGGGGAUUACCACGACUGGAGGGUGUGGGGAGGCAGUGAUGCUGAGCUGCGCUCCGUCAGGGUGAUACGAGCAGACCUGACAGAGCCCUUGAUGGUGAUGUUUGAGCAGCCAGAGGAAGACCAGGAGGGAAUGGCGGAGGACAACACCUUCGAGGUGACUGAGGCCAUUCCUGACGUUGAGCUGUUCGAGUACAAAACCUCCACGCGCUCCAUCCAAGUAUUCAGCGGGGCAUGGAUAGCCUACUCUCAUGUGGACUUCUCUGGUAACCAGUACAUCUUGGAGAAAGGUUUGUAUAACAACUGUGCUGACUGGGGCUCUCAAGACAACCGCAUCUGCUCUGUGCAGCCCAUCCUACUGGCUCUAACGGACAGCACAAGGUCAAGGAAUGAGCUGAUACUGUACUCUGAGGCAGACUUCAAGGGCCAGUGUCACAUCUUUGACCGCAACCAGGAAGAAAUCCCAGAAAGAGUAAUGACCAACUCGUGCAGAGUGUCAGGGGGAAGCUGGGUGCUCUACGAGGAUAAAAAGUACACUGGGAACUUGUUCGUCUUAUCUGAAGGAGAAUACCCCAACUUAACCAGCAUGGGAUGUCCGCCCGGCUCCUACAUCCGUUCUGCCAAGGUCAUCCCAUUGACAUUCUCAGUUCCUUCCAUCUCUCUGUUUGGCCUCGAGUGUCUGGAGGGCCGAGAGAUCACCAUGGACUCAGAGAUCCCCAACAUGAUUGAAGAGGGCUUCAACAACCACAUCCUGUCCGUCAGAGUCAACAGUGGCUGUUGGGUGAUAUGUCAAUACAGUAACUACAGGGGGCGCCAAUUCCUCCUGGAACCAAUUGAGAUCACCAACUGGCUGAAGUACAGCUCGCUACAGACUAUUGGCUCAAUGUUCCCAGUCAGACAGAAGCGCCACUUUUUACGCAUCAAGAACAAAGAGACGGGUCACUACAUGUCGGUCCAGGGAGCCGUGGAGGAGUUGAAAUCAGGACGAGUGGUGGUGACACCAGAGUGUGAGCCCACGAGUGACAUCUGGUUCUAUCAGGACGGCUUCAUCAAGAGCAAGUUGUCCCAAGUCAUGAGCCUGCAGGUCAUGGGCAACGUAGAGCCGGCAGCCAAGGUGGUUCUGUGGUCAGAGACCCGGCAGCCCAUCCAGAACUGGACAGCCAACAUGAGAGGCCUCAUCACGAGCCUAAAUUUCCCUGGCUUCGUCCUGGAUGUCAAAGGUGGCAAAAGUUACGACAAGGAACAUGUGGUCAUUAUGCCGGAGGAUGAUGAGAGGCCAAGCCAACAGUGGGAGAUAGAGCUGCUGUAACCAGCUUUAAAAACCUCCCAUGUCCCUUUUUGUUUUUACUUUCCUCCGCAGUUCAUCUCUACUCCACCCAUGAUAACAUAGCCUGGGAUUCACUGUCACUGUUUUAUUUUUCCAAACUCCAUGAAUAAUGUAACUAGUAUGAACACUGUGAGAGCAAGAAUUCAACAACGCACUGAAAAGCUGCACCAAACAUUGUAGUGCUUUGCAGAGUUUUGUAGUUUUCUUUUAUCUGUCAUUCCAAUAAUUAUUUUUCCUAAGUCAAGUAAGGAUUUCUGUAUGCAAGGAGGAAACGAGGAAAAAAGUGCCUUCUCCUGCUGCAGAGGUUCAUCACGAAUUAAAUGGAAUAAAAUGUAUUUUUGAGGAUGUUGUGAACUACUUUGAACAUACACUGCAUUUUCAGAACAAAUUGACUUUUAACCUUGUUUAUAAUGAAAGUAUUUAACCUUGAAUCCCCCUGAUUAGUGCUCAUGUAAAUUCUCUGACUGUGGAAGGUUGAUGUACUGUUUAUCCUUUUUUAAGGAGAAGCAAACAGAGGAACAGCAGGAAAACCAUGUCUUAGAGGGGCUAAGACAUGGUUUUCCUGCUGUAAAGACAAGAGGCAACCAGUGCAUUACACAGAUUGUGGACAAAUGAAGCCAAACAAAAGCAUAGUGUGCAGGAAACGCAUGUGUAGGUUUUUUACGGUGUUUUAUUUUAUGUAUGUUUGAAUGUUUGUUUUGUGGGACAUGUUGCACUCAUGUUGCAGUAUAUCACAUCGAGUUUUUCAGGGCAAGGAGAUGUCAAGUUAUCAUGUAUUUGUUGUAUUUUUAAAUGUUUAAAUUGUUACAUAUUACAUUUUAUAUGCAUCAGCUGUAUAUUCAUAUUUGAUGCUGAAGUUGUGAUGUCAGAUUUUAUGAAAGAGGGAGUGGUUUUUAAAUAUCAAAUAAAAAGGAAACCCUGUUUAUUGAAACAAA